AUGGCAGGAGAUCAGUAUAGAGAGGCAGUGUCGAAUAGGAAUAAUUACUACGAGAAUUGCCCAGGAUGUAAGGUUGAUCAGCUUAAAGAGUUGAAGAGAGAAUUCCCAUUUCGUGGGAUUGCUUCAAUUUGGAUCAUUUCACUUUGUGCUGCACUGCCAGUAUCAACUCUCUUUCCAUUCCUUUAUUUCAUGAUUAGAGAUUUUGGUAUUGCAAAACGAGAGGAAGACAUUAGCUCCUAUGCUGGAUAUGUCGGUGAGCUUGAUUUCCGAGCUCUAACAUCAGUUUUCUGGGGAAUAGUAGCUGAUCGCUAUGGUCGAAAACCUGUUAUACUUAUAGGGCUCAUUUCAGUGUUAGUAACCUCUAUAUUUCAAGCUCGUGUUCUUACCAUUAAGAUCAUCUUCAACGGUCUCUUUGGACUUAGUGUAAAUUUUUGGAUGGCCAUUAUUACAAGGUUUCUUCUCGGGAGUUUGAAUGGUUUACUUGGACCAAUAAAGGCAUAUGCUGUUGAAAUUUUCAGGGAAGAACGCCAAGCAUUAGGAUUAUCAACAAUUAGUACAGCAUGGGGUAUAGGAAUGAUCAUUGGCCCAGCUCUAGGAGGUUUCCUCGUGCAGGAAACAUUGCAUAAGCAUGACGAAAAGAAGAUUUCAAGCAUUGAUUCUUAUGAUGCUGUGGAAUCUGCAAAUGGUACAUCUGAGGGAGAUGAAAUAAGAGUAGACGAUGAAGAAAGGAAACCAACUUCUAAGAGAAGCCUUCUAAAGAAUUGGCCUUUGAUGUCAUCCAUCAUUGUCUACUGUGUUUUCUCACUUCAAGAAAUGGCUUACUCAGAGAUAUUCUCAUUAUGGGCUGAAAGCUCUAGAAAACUUGGAGGCCUAGGCUAUACCACUGAGGAUGUAGGAGAUCAAAAGCAAAGAGGAGCUGCUAAUGGCAUUGCUAUGACAGCAAUGUCUCUUUUCAAAGGAAUCGGUCCAGCAGGAGGCGGUGCUCUGUAA